AUGUCAGGAAGGAGGAGGAGGAGGGGGGUCUUCUUGCUUGUAAGCCAAAGAUUUCUUCUACUAAUUGUAUUGUGCGUAACAAGUAGGUGCUGCAAAGCCCAGCAAAAGAAUGAUCAGAACUGCACUUCGUCUUGCGGGAAUAUCCAUGACAUACACUACCCUUUCCGGCUGGAAGACGAUCCCCAGCACUGUGGUCUUCCCGACUACCAACUUGCCUGCAACAACAAUCGCACUAUACUAUACCUUAAAACUCGUCAUUAUGCAGAGUACGACUACAAAUUCAACUACUUCUACUACGUGGAGGCAAUCACUUAUGACAACUCCUCGAUUCGACUUGUUGAUCCCGGUCUAGACAAGGAUAAUUGCUCUUCUCUUUCAAUUCAAUCUGUCUUACCAUAUACUGAAUAUUUCGGAUUCUCCACAGCAGGGCCAUACUUUGGUGUUAUGUUCACAAGCUGUCAGAAUCCCGUAAAUAGGAGUGGAUAUGUGGACGCUAGCUUUUGUGAUAAAAGAAACACUACUUCCACCUCCAACACUACUUCACCAUCUCCGUUGCAAAAUCAUAAUUAUGUGGUACCAGUAGAAAUGGAUAUCUCGCAAUUGGAGGACUCCUGCAGCAUCGGCAAUAUGGUUAUGACAUCAGCAAAUAUCUUAGGGCCCGCGACGGAAGGCAACAUUUCUUUUUCAGACUUAUAUGACGGGCCGGCAUUUUACUAUUUUCUGACGGGAGACAACAUUUCUUUUUCGGACUUAUAUGACGGGCUCGCAUAUGGGUUUGAGCUUAGAUGGUAUCGCGCCUAUUGUGGACAUUGUGUAGCAAGAGGCGGCUGGUGCUAUUCCAUAGAAAAUAAUAUCUAUUGCGACUACUGCGCUGAGCUAAGUUUUGCUUUUGACACCCGCAUAUUCCAUUGUGAAAAUCAAAAGGCUGUGGUGUUACAAAAUUCUCUUGAUAGUGUGAAGCAAGAGGCGGCUAUUGCCCUCUCGGAUUUGAGGACAAUGUUGUCCAUUGCUUAGGGGGCAGAGCCACAACCAAAACCAAAACUAGAAUCAGAAAUAUGUUGAGAAAUGUAUUAUUAGGUGAGCACAUUUAAUCAGCAAAAUUUUGAUUUUUUUUUCUCAUCAAUAAAAGUAUUGUGGUAAAAAUAUUUCCUUUUUUUUAUUUACAUCCUGUUGCAUGUUUAAAGAUUCAUCAAAUACAAAAAGGUUAAACACCAAUAUACGUAGUCUAUGCAAACAAUACUCAAUAAAAAAAGGCUAAUUAUAAGCUUUUACAAAAAAUGAGACUAAUUACAAUAAACCCUGACAACUGAUAACGUUAUUAAUAAUGUUAUCAAAAAUGUCUUUCUCUAUAUAAGUAAUUAAGUUAAUAGUAAUCAAUUUCAGGCUAAAUUUGCAUAAAUUUUAAGAAAUUAUAGCAAUUUUAAACAAUUACGAAUAAUAUAAGAUUGUAAGAAAUUUGCAUAAUGUAUUUCUGUUUCUCAUAUUAUUUUUCCUUCUCAUUUUUUUUUGCUGGGGACAUGAUAAAAUUAAGUUAUAAGUUUUUAUCGUAAUAAGGUGGUGGAAAGAGAAGUGUUUGGACUGGAUUCUUCAAACGGGCUUUACUGAGCAUUUUUAUUUUUUACUCCUUCUUUCCCUGGUUUUAAUUAUAAGGUUUUCAGCAAGAUGGAAAAACUCAAAAGGAAAAUCAUAGUCAAAGUCAUAAAAUAUAUGGUAUUUCUUAAAAGUAAUGGCAGUAAAUUAUAAUGUCAUUUCAGUUUGUGUUAAUGAGAAAUAAAAAAGCUAUAGUGUUACAAAAUUCUGUUGCUAGUAAUAUCAACUAAACAAGAUUAUCAACUUACAAAACAUGUCAGAUCUAUCUUGAGAGCACGAUAAUCUUACUAAAAAUCUCCUAAAUAUCAUAGUAUCAAGUGUUUGAGUUUUUCUAUUUUCAGUUCUAACAUUUUUCAUUUUGGUUUGCUGACAUUGUUUAUGUUUGGAAAAUGUAGGCUUGCUUCAGUGGUUGAUUUGUGAGUAUUCUCUCUAUUCUUUUCUCCUUUUCUUUCAUGUUUAUAAGCCUCUUCCUAUAACUUUUUUAACAUCUUAUCUUUGGUGUUGCUCUCUUUUGGAAUUUCUGACAGAUGUUUUCCCUCUAGUAUACAAACCAAUCGGUAAGCUAAGACCCUCAAUGUAAUUUUGGCUUGUAUU